AUGCAAGGGCCCCGCGCGAGUCGGAAGGACGUGGCGAGGGAGCGCAGGGAACCGCCUGUCUCGACGCACGGCGCUGCAGUAACUAGGGAGGACGUUCCCAGAGCACAGGAGACUGAAAGGCGGCAAGUGACUAGCGGCAGCGGCGUGGGGGGGAGGAUAGAGCAAUUGGCCACAGCUGCCAGAGCCAUGCCGUCAUUAGAAGCAUCACCACCGUUAACCGCGUCACCGUCUGCAGUGAGCCACUCACUCAACCUUCCCAGUGUGUCUCCUCUGUGGGCGACGGCGGAGGCGGAGGGAUUCACAAUGCCACGAUGUCGUGCUGAUAAGGAUUUCGCGAGUGAAGCCACAUCUCUCCGCUUUGACCUUACGGAGCCGGAGAGGCUGGAGGAGGCGGAGGCGGAGGCGGAGGUGGAGGUGGAGGAGGAGGAGGAGGAAGAAGAAGAAGACGGCAGUGAGUUGACAUCCCCGCCCGGUAUCCCCGUCACCGACCGCUGCCUCCACUCGACUUCCACGGCCACGGAGGUCUCCGCGGGCCCCGUCCCCAAGACGACAAAGGUGGAAUUUCGGCAGGAGACAUUAACUAGUGUGUUCAACGAAGGCACAAGAACGUCCACGACCACAGCACUGCGGAGCGUCAGUAGCACGCGUGUUGCCUUGCAUACCACAAUCACAGCGCGUCCAGUGAGUCGAUGCGUGAGCGCCACGGUGCAUCAGGCGCAACGACAGAAGAAUGUAAAAGUGGAAGAAGUAGUGGACACGCAAGAGGUGAGGGAUGACGGUAGGACGAGGAACAACAAAAAGAGGCUGCUGGCGGUGAAGACAGCCUCGCCCGGUAGCUACGCGGCCUUAUUGCCCUCUACGGGCUGCACUGCCGGCAGGUCGAGUGUACGACGGUCGAUGCAGCAGCAGCAGCAGCAGCAGCGGCGAAAGAACACCGGAGCCGCCGCUGCACAACAGGUACCAGCGGUGAGGAAGAGUGUGUCAACGUCACGGGGGACGGCAAGACAGGCUGUGUUUCAUGCGUCAGGACGGGGUGGAAAGAGCGCCGAGUGUGAGGUGCAACAGGUGAAUAACGGGGAUGGCGGUAACAGUUGUUCUGAGAGGGGCAGUGUUCCUCACCGCGGGGGGUCGUACGCCCAGCUGGCUGCGGUGCGACGAGAAUACAUGCAGAGGUCAAGACCCGUUGCCACCACGUGCACCAGUGCCCCCACAAGCACUAGUAGCUACGAUGGAAAGAAGCAACACUCGCCUAGCAGGAAGUCAACGUGUUCCGCCUCCCGAGAACCGGUGUCCGAGAUGUACCUCUCGCAGGAGAUGUUGCAGGAGAGAGAUGCGGCGUACUGGCGGCGACUUGCUCCUCUUUUGCAGAUGAGUGAGAAUUGGGAUGAAGGCCAGAAGGGGGCUUUAGCCAUAGAACCUCUAAUUGGGGUUCUAGCAGCUCACCCGUCCCCGUACGCCGGGCUCACCUGGCGGAAGUUUAAGGCGCAGUUUUACCUGAGCAAUAGUUUUUCGAUGGAUGCCUUCUCCCCGCUUUGCGCCAAAGGCACUGAGACGGGGGGGGAUGUCAUCUUGCCGCUCUCCGAAAUGCUGCGGCCAUCGUGCGCUGCCUGCGGGCCCAGCGCGCGUGAGUUGUGGAUGCAGCGCUUACUCUCCAAAAGUGGAAAGGGGUGGACCUUGCGGCAGCCCUCACGGGAGUGGCUGUAUGAGUCUAUCCCGCCCUUCACACCGAAGUUCUCCUCCGCCGCGUCAUCGCGGCAGGAGCAGACGUCCGACUCACGACUUAAAAAAGAUGCACGUGGGUGUGAAGAGGAGGCGCUGCCUUCACCAACGGCGUCGUUAACCUCGCGGUGCGGGACGAGGCCACUGGCACAGGUGGAAUGCAGCAGUCAUGCUUCUGACGAUGACCCUCUUCACGGCGUAGCAGCCGUUGAGCCCGGGGCGCACGCAAAGCAGCAGCCGGCUGGUUCCACCAGCGACAGCGGUCACGAUGCGUGUGAGACUCUCACGGCUGCUGUUAUUGCGAGUCUGGGGGCGAAGCAGGAUUCAGCGUUGCCCCUCUACUCCCCGGCGGCGGACGACGCUACAGCGGAAGUGGGCGAUGUGGGUAGUGCGGUGCAGCAACACCCAGCCUCAGAGGGGGCGGAACACGCGACGGAGACGACGGACAAUACUCCUGAGCCAUCGCUCUGCAAACACGACAACGUUGACACGGAGGUGAUUAGUAGAAAACUGGCCGAGCUUGACGACACGCUCGCGCGGCAUUACACACGCAACUACGAGGCUCACCUGCAGCGUUGCGAAAAGGAAGUUGAUAGUUGCUCAGCGAAUGCCUCCGCAGGCACGGAGGCAUGUCUCACGUCGCUCGCGGAGCUCACCACCGAAGCGGGGGGUGACAAGGCCCUCGAUAUGGGCGGCAGCGAUCAGGGAGCGGCGGUGGGGGAGAAAAACGUCGCCACGCUGGUCGCGUGGAUGGCGGAGCGAAGGUGUCUGCAGGAGCAAUUGAUGGUUAUCGCCGCUGAACGAAACAUGUUGGCGGAUCAGCUACGCAUAUACACCACCUACGACGAGGCAAAGAUGCGGCGGGAUAUGUCGAGGUCUGUGCGAGGGGCGCAGCCUCCGCGGGCGGCUUCCAGCUCCGCAUCCUAG